CGAUCAAAAGAAGCGUGCUGAGACGGUGACAGGAAAAGUCUGUUUUCAUGUUCGGGAUUCAAGACAGCAUUCAAAGGAGCGGCAGUAGUAUGAAAGAGGAGCCCAUCGGUGCCGGGAUGAACGCUGUCCGGACAUGGAUGCAGGGUGCCGGAGUGCUGGAUGCGAACACAGCCGCUCAGAGUGGAGUGGGUCUUGCUCGGGCUCACUUUGAGAAGCAGCCUCCGUCAAAUCUUCGCAAAUCCAACUUCUUCCACUUUGUUUUAGCCCUAUACGACAGACAAGGACAACCCGUGGAAAUCGAAAGAACUUCUUUUGUUGGAUUUGUUGAAAAAGAAAAGGAAUCUACCGGGGAAAAGACAAACAAUGGGAUCCAUUACAGAUUGCAGCUUCUUUACAGCAAUGGCAUCAGAACAGAACAGGACUUUUAUGUACGCCUGAUUGACUCCAUGACCAAGCAGGCAAUUAUCUACGAAGGUCAAGACAAAAACCCAGAGAUGUGCCGGGUUCUGCUGACACACGAGAUCAUGUGCAGUCGCUGCUGUGACAAGAAAAGUUGUGGCAACCGUAAUGAGACACCCUCUGACCCAGUCAUCAUCGACAGGUUUUUCUUGAAAUUCUUCCUCAAAUGCAACCAGAACUGCCUAAAGAAUGCAGGAAACCCACGAGACAUGCGCCGCUUUCAGGUGGUGGUGUCUACUACGGUCAGUGUGGACGGCCACGUGCUGGCUGUGUCUGAUAACAUGUUUGUACACAAUAACUCUAAACAUGGACGCAGAGCUCGCAGACUGGACCCCUCUGAGGGCACACCAUCAUACCUGGAACACGCCACUCCUUGCAUUAAAGCCAUCAGUCCCAGUGAAGGCUGGACGACAGGGGGUGCCACAGUCAUCAUCAUUGGAGAUAACUUUUUUGAUGGUCUACAGGUCAUCUUUGGCACCAUGCUGGUCUGGAGUGAGCUUAUAACCCCUCACGCCAUACGUGUUCAGACUCCUCCAAGACACAUUCCCGGGGUUGUGGAGGUCACUCUGUCCUACAAGUCAAAACAAUUCUGCAAAGGUACACCAGGCAGAUUUAUCUACACAGCACUGAAUGAGCCUACUAUUGACUACGGUUUCCAGCGGCUACAGAAGGUCAUCCCAAGACACCCUGGUGACCCUGAGCGCUUACCAAAGGAGGUGAUUUUGAAGAGGGCAGCAGACCUGGUGGAAGCUCUAUAUGGGAUGCCACACAAUAAUCAGGAGAUAAUUCUGAAAAGAGCAGCAGAUAUUGCAGAGGCGCUCUACAAUGUCCCACGGAGUCACAACCAGUUGCCAGGUCUGGCCAACAGCUCAGUCCAUGCUGGCAUGAUGGGAGUCAACUCUUUCCACAGUCAGCUCGCAGUCAAUGUGUCAGAGUCCACACAAGCUGCCAAUCAGGGUUUUAAUCGGAACACGAGCAGUGUAUCCCCUCACGGUUACGUACCCAGCUCGACACCCCAGCAAAGUAGCUACAGCACCGUCUCUACCAGUAUGAACGGAUACGGCAACACCGGCAUGACCACACUGGGAGGAUCGCCCAACUUCCUCAACGGUUCUGCUGCCAACUCUCCUUAUGCCAUUGUUCCUUCCAGUCCCACCAUGGCCUCUUCCACCAGUCUUCCCUCCAACUGCAGCAGUUCCUCUGGUAUCUUCUCUUUCUCUCCGGCCAACAUGGUUUCUGCAGUUAAACAGAAGAGCGCCUUUGCUCCUGUUGUGCGGCCCCAGGCUUCGCCGCCCCCCACCUGCACCAGUGCCAAUGGCAAUGGCCUCCAAGUAGAUCAAUCUUUUGUGGACUCCAGCAAGUACUCCAGUGCCAGCUCCCUGCAGGGACUGGCCUUCUCCUGAAUGAUCCCAGGGAUGAUUGUUCCUCCCAUGUAGGGGCUCCCGGGAUGCUGAAGAGGCACGUGUGAUUUCAGCUCUUGACAGAGAAUGUAAGGUCUGAAGAGCUGAAGGCAAUUUGGGAUGGAGGAAAAAUUUAAAUUGAACUUUUAAAACUCAGGCCUUUUGAAAAAGGAAUCUCAUUUUAUGGGAAGAGAGUGUUUGUUUGCUUUAAGUUAAUUUCUGGACUGCUUUAUGGAAGGACAUUUCCCCAUGUUUUUAUCCUUGAAAAAUGGAGGGACGGAUCUCCUUUUUUUUUUUUUUUUUUUUUUGAUGAAUUCAGUGAUCACAUGCCUUUUUUACAGACUGUAUUAUACACAUAUGACACUUUAGGAGUGGGUGCACCCGUAAUGUUCCUGAGAGCUGGCUGUUGCGUUACAGUGAUGGGCAAUGGCACAGAUCUUUCUUAAUACUGACCAGUUUUUAUAUAAACAGAUACAUUUCAAAUUGUGCAAAAUCCAGGAAACACAAAUGAAAAUACUUAGGCCAACCUUUUGAAAACAAGAGAGGGAAUUUUUUGUCCUAGUGAAAAGCCAACAAAUAGUUUGCCAUAAUUUUGUUUGUCUUGUUUUACAAUUAAAUUGUAGCACCAUACUCGGUUCCCUAUCAAUGUGUUUUUUUUUUUUUUUUUUUUUUUUUUUUAGCGAACAGUUAAGUGUGAAGCAUCUGGUUGCCAGCCGGUUUGGAUGCUCAUGAGAAUAAGAGUUAUUUAAAGCUUUCAUGUCAUGCUGUAUUUUUUCAGUGGGCUGUGCGCUCAUGUCCAGAUCCCUCCUCAAAGAGAUGAAUCCCAUUGAAAUAGGCAUCUAAUUUCCAAAACAAAUCAGUAUUUAUGUCCAUUCAAAUAUUUGCUGCAAAACAGAGCAGAGAUAUGCAGUAAACAUACAGUUGAAGAAAAAAUAAAACAAUGCCCUUUUUUUAAAAAAACUUUUGAAUUGUAUGUUUGCUCCAAGAUUGUGAUGACCUGUUUUUGUUUAUGAAAUGAAACUGUGAUAUCAAUUCUGUGAUACCAAGUGUUUGGUUUGCUGUGUCUGCUAGUGAAGGAUAUAGGUUAAAUGAAGAACAGGAAGAAUGCUGUUUCAGAGGUGACUGUUAAAACAACCCUUUUCCAUUUUAUGUGUGUUUCUUUGGCUGGUUUUGAGAGACAUGACUUGAAUUAGCAAAGUAUGCUCAUAUUUAGACCGCACUGUAUAGAAUGUUUUCCAAAUGUGUCAGACAUCCAACAUAUAGCAGUUUAUUGGCUCACUUUGGUAGUCAUCUAUUUUUGUACAUAUGAUUUCUGUUGCCAAAGUCUUUAUUUGUAUUUAUCUCAAAAUGGCUUAAGGCAGCUUAUUAUAACACAUAUAAUAAUAUAUGAUUGGUUCAAUGCAUUGGCUACACACAUUUUUUCCAACUUCAGUAUACAAAAACCAACAGCGAGGAAGGAUUCUGGACAAAAAGAAGGAAUCUCUGUAAUAUAUCCAUAUAAAUAAUGUAUGUAUAUCCAGACUUUGUAUAUUGCUUUUCUCCCCCAAAGUUCUUUGAUAGUAUACUUUUUCUUUUUUUUUCUUCUUCUUUCUUUUUUAAUAAUUUGUCCAUCUGUUCACUCUCAUCACCCGGCCUUGUCUUUAGUGUUGAAAUGUAAAUUCGCAUCAUGUUUGUUUGCAUUUAGGUCCAUGUUUUUUAAUCAUGUUGUUAAGCUUCCAUUUUUUUAAGUUCUAUUCAUAAAAAAAAAAAAGCCAUUGUCUAUUUUUGUAUAAUUUGUAAGUUAAAAAAACAGUUGUUUUCCUUUGGGAAUUUUUUUAUGUAUGGCAAAAAAGUAGCAUCUCACAGCAUUUAG